AUGGUAUCAGUCACCGACCUCAAGGUCUAUAGGGGCUGGGUCGGCCAGGGGGAAUACGUCUGGUCACCGUUCGUCGUCAAACUUGAAGCCCGGCUCCGAUUCGCCGGCGUGGCCUACAAAGUUGAUGCCGGCAGUCCGAGAGCCGCACCAAAGGGGAAGAUCCCGUAUGUGGAGUACCAGCCAUCGAAUGGCGAUGGCUUGGUGCAGAUGGGAGACUCGGGCCUCAUUGCGAAGCACUUCGUCGAGGAAGGGGUUUUACCUGACCUGAAUAGGAAACUCUCCGCCGAGGAUCGCGCGCGAGACUUGGCCACCAGAGCAUUGCUGGAGGAGAAGCUGUAUUUCUACCACACAAAAGAAAGAUGGAUGGACCACUACUAUACCAUGCGCGACUAUGCACUGUCGCCGAUACCGUGGCCCAUGCGCGUGCUCGUCGGCCAGCUCGUGUACCGCAAGCACAAUGCCAUGCUGUACGGUCAGGGGACACUGCGACUGACGGACGAGGAGAUCCGCGCAUCGAAAUGCGAGAUCUGGGACAGCAUCAACGGCGUGCUGGCUGCUGUCCGAUCGUCACAGACUGCCGGAUCAACCGGAACUUCGAGCCCGAAAGCACGGCCUUUUUGGUUUCUAGGAGGCGAUGAGCCGACGGAAGUUGACACGGUCAUUUUUGGUGGUCCUGAGUCACAGAGCAUUGUCAAGCAGUAUCCGGUAUUGCUUGAGUAUGCUGAGAGGAUACACGAUGCGUAUUUUCCUGAUUAUCAAAAGUGGCCUUGA